UACACCUUGGCGACUGUCGACUAACAGUUCUACAUAAUAAUAUCAUACUACUAUAUACUAUUAUAUGAUAUAUAUAUAGGACGUCUUUCGACUAUAUUAUUAUUAUUAUGAUGUUUUUCUCGCCGCCACAUUAGAGUUGAGCAACAAGUUGUUUUUUUUUUGCGUUGCUUGCGUAUAUAUGUUGUAAAAACAUUCUAAUUUCUAAUUCCAAAUCAACGUGAUGAUGGACGGAAACAAUAAUUACUAUUGUUGAAAAAGACAUACGAUGAGCUUCUCCAGUCAGAUAUUUCGUUCGCCGGAGUACACGAGCUUCAGGUGCAACGUACCUCUUAAGCAAAUCAUAUUGGACGAUACCGGCGCAAAUAAGGGAUGGAGAGUUUACGACACAGGUCCUCGUUCAGUUGAAACCCCAUUAGUGUUCUUGCAUGCAGUCAGCGGCCGAGCCGAAGUCUUUUUCAAACAGUUACUAACGCUCAGUUCAAAAGGCUACAGAGUCAUAUCAGCUGAAAAUCCACCUUAUUGGAGUGUAACUGAAUGGUGUGAAGGAUUCAUGCAAUUAUUGGAUCAUAUGGAUAUUAAACAAGUGCAUUUAUUUGGUGCUUCAUUAGGUGGAUUUUUGGCACAAAAAUUUGUAGAGUUCUCUACAAUUGUACAUCAGCCUAGAGUUGUAUCAUUAUUUUUAUGCAAUUCUUUUACUGAUACAUCAAUAUUUAAAUACAAAGAUGCUGCUGUUUUAUUUUGGAUUUUACCUGCAAUGGUGCUCAGGAAAAUGGUAUUAUCAAAUUUGUCAUCAAGGGAAACAUUUUACGAUACACAAAUAAUGGAUUCAAUAGAUUUUAUAGUUGAACUGAUUGAAUCAUUAUCACAAGCUGAUUUAGCAUCUCGUUUGACCAUGAACUGUUUAAAUAGCCGUGUUAAUACAUCAUUGAUGAGAGGCUUAAAAAGUGUCACCCUUAUGGAUGUAUUUGAUGAUUACGCUUUGGGUUCACCCAUUAAAGAAAAAAUUUACCAGGAAUAUCCUGAUGCAAAAUUGGCUCAACUCAAAUCUGGUGGUAAUUUUCCAUACCUAAGUCGCAGUGAUGAAGUGAAUUUACACUUGCAGAUACAUUUGCGAAAGUAUGAUGGUACUCCUUUCAGUGCUAGUGAUAACAUUCCCAUUACAGAGUAAUUUGAAUAAUGUAUCACCAAAAACUGCUCAAUAAUUAUACUUUAUUACUGACCGACUUGCUGAAUAAAAGUGUGCUGUGAACAAUUUUGGCCUAUUCUUAAAUACAUAAUAUAUAUAAUCGCAUUUAGUGAUAGUAAUUGUUGAGUUUUAUCACUGUUAUAUUUUUUUUAAAGUUAAAACUUAUUGUUCAACAUUUCUCUAAUACUCUGUAUUAAAAUUAUAAAACAUUUGCUUACAAAAACUAAAUGCCAUAUUUUUCAACUUUGCUGCUAACCACCUUUUAAUAUGUUCUAAUAAUAUACACCAAAUGUAUACAUUGUUAAAACUUUGAUUCUUAUACAUCAUUUUUUAUGUACAUAAUUACUCUAUGUUGUCCUAAUUAAAAUCAGAAAAAACCAUGAUAAAAAUACACAACAUACUUAUAUUUUAUGCGGUGAUAAUAUUUUUAUUAUUAACUUAAUUUGAUGUAUUUUUUCAAUUGUUUGUAGUUCAUAUUAUAAUAUAUAUAUAUAUUUUUGUUAUAUUUUUUUUCUCAAAUUAAACAAAUUGAUUACUCGUGCAUACUCCAAGCAUAUGUGGUGAUAUAUUUUAUACUUAAUAUUUUUACUAUUUAUAUAAUAAUUUACUGUGAAUACAAAUCUUGUACCGUUAUUAUUUUGAUACAAUAUAGCCAAUUUAUUUUUGAA